AUGGAUCACCUGACUGCGCCCUUCCAGGAGAUGUGGCGUCAAGGUGAAGUCCCGCAAGAUUUCAAGGACGCAACAAUCGUGCACCUAUACAAGCGAAAAGGGAAUCGCCAAGUCUGCGACAAUCACCGUGGCAUCUCCUUGCUUAACAUCGGCGGGAAGAUCUUCGCUCGCAUCCUUCUCAACCGCCUCAAUAACCACCUGGAACAGGGCCUUCUGCCGGAAAGCCAGUGCGGCUUCCGUCGUCAUCGUGGGACCACGGAUAUGAUCUUCGCCGCCCGUCAACUUCAGGAGAAGUGUCAGGAGAUUCGGACCCACCUGUACUCUACCUUCGUGGACCUGACGAAAGCCUUCGACACGGUGAAUCGUGAAGGACUGUUUAAGAUCAUGCAGAAAUUCGGCUGUCCAGAGCGAUUCACUCAGAUGGUGCGUCAGCUGCACGACGGUAUGAUGGCGCGAGUCACGGACAACGGAGCUGUCUCAGAGGCAUUCGCAGUGACUAACGGAGGGAAGCAGGGAUGCGUGCUGGCACCAACCCUCUUCAGCCUUAUGUUCUCUGCCAUGCUGAUGGACGCCUACCGCGACGAACGCCCCGGGAUUCGCAUCGCCUACAGGACGGACGGUCACCUGCUGAAUCAACGGCGGAUGCACUUCCAAUCGCGCGUAUACACAACAACCGUUCACAAACUCCUCUUCGCCGACGGCUGCGCCCUGAUCACUACCUCAGAAGAGGAGAUGCAACGCAGCAUGGACCUGUUCUCCGCCGCCUGCGAGAACUUCGGCCUGGUCAUUAACACGCAGAAGACGGUGGUGAUGCACCAACCGCCACCCAACUCAGCCACAGCCCCCAACGCGCCGCAAAUCAGCGUGAAUGGGACCCUAAUGCAAGUGGUGGAGAACUUCCCGUACCUGGGCAGUACUCUCUCCCGCACCACCAAGAUUGAUGACGAAGUCGCCAACAGGAUCUCGAAAGCCAGUCAAGCCUUCGGUCGUCUCCAAAGCACAGUUUGGAAUCGUCACGGUCUUCAACUGAACACGAAGCUGAAGAUGUACAAGGCCGUUAUCCUGUCGACGCUACUGUACGGAGCAGAGACCUGGACGGUGUACACGAGGCAGGCACGCCGUCUGAACCACUUCCACCUCAGUUGUCUUCGUCGCAUCCUGCGGCUGAACUGGCAGGAUCGCAUCCCCCACACUGAUGUGCUGGAACGAACGGGAAUGCUCAGCAUCCACUCCAUGUUGAGACAAAUGCAGCUGCGCUGGAGCGGCCACCUGGUGCGCAUGGACGACGAGCGGCUACCCAAACGACUCUUCUACGGAGACGUCGCGACGGGUUCUCGUCGUCAAGGAGACCCAAUUCGUCGAUACAAGGAUACCCUGAACUCCUCCCUGAAGCUACUGCAAAUCAACCCGACCAACUGGGAAGAGCUCGCCUGCGAUCGUCCGGCAUGGAGGAGAACAGUGAAGACGGGCACUGCUCUCCACGAAGCCAACCGCAUCGCCGCCGCCAAAGCGAAACGCGAAGCCCGCAAAUCCCAACUGCGCCUAGUCAGCAACGCUGCCGCACAACUGCUUCCAACGUGUCCUCGAUGUAAGCGGACAUUCAGGGCUCGAAUCGGCCUUGUUGGACAUCUUCGGAUCAACUGUACCUCUCGAACUGCACCAAACUUCAUCCCCCCGCCCGCGUCAUCCUCGUCCUCUCUGCCGCCGAAUAACUCUGUGAAUUCUUCUGCACCACCACUUCCAUCCUCCUGCUCCUGCUCCUCCUCCUCCUCCUCCUCCUCCUCCUCCUCCUCCUCCUUUGCCUCCUCUGCCUCCUCUGCCUCCUCUGUCUCCUCUGCCUCCUCUGCCUCCUCUGUCUCCUCUGCCUCCUCCUCCUCCUCCUUCUCCUCCUCCUCCACCACCACCACCACCACUGCCCCAACGGCGGCCGCUCAGGCAGCCGUCUCGCACAUCUCCGACCGCGACACAACAACCGGCACCACCCCCGCCUCUCCUGAAUCCAGCAAUGAGAAUCAGGACUACACCUGCCCUCACUGCGAUCGCACCUUUACCUCACGUAUCGUCAUGGUCGGUCACUGGCGAAUCCAUCGCACAGAGACCGGCGAACCAGUGCCUGAAGCACCAACCUACACCCACCGCACUCGCCUCCACUGCCCACACUGCCCUCGCACCUUCACGCAUCGCAUGGGUCUAUUCGGUCACAUGCGCAUCCACGAGAGCGGAAUCGACCACAAUUCCGACACACCAACCACGCCCAUCAUGCCCAGCACCACCCUCGCACCGUCCAUCUGCGCCACCACCAACGCCUCCUCUGUAGCUGAUUCUGACGCCGCCGACUUCACGUGCCCACACUGUCAACGCACAUUCACCUCACGCAUCGGCCUGGUCGGUCACUUGCGAAUCCAUCGCACAGAGACCGGAGAACCAGUGCAUGGAGCACCAACCUACACCCACCAAGCUCGUCUCAACUGCCCACACUGUCCUCGCACUUUCAGGCACCGCAUGGGCCUAUUCGGCCACAUACGCAUCCACGACGACCUGCGGUAG